AUGCCCACCGAAUUGUUCAUGCCUGACCUCGACUACUCUUGGCACCCAAUGCCUCCUUGGGUGCGUCGGCGCUCAUCUAUCCAGAGCUCUCGUCGGAAGAGCAUUACCAGCCGUACCUGGUCGCAGCCUGAGAUUGAGACUGCACGCUUCCUUCCGUAUUCGAACGGGUCCGGGCCGGAUGAUUCCGUUGGUCCAAAGGGAUCGUGGGAGCAGCAGACUGUUUCGUUCAGCAAGGACGAUGAAAAACGAUUGCCGCUCCAACCUGAGCCACGUAUACAGCCAAACCCACAAACAGGGCCUGAACCACAGGCACUGACUGAGCAACAGCAACAGCAGCAGCAGCCACAACUACCAAUUGAGACAAGGCGGCAAUCGGGACCAUUUCCCGGGCUACAGGUAGAGGACAGUUAUGCGUCCCUGAAAUCUGAUUGGGAUGUUCGUUACAUGGGAAACGGCAUAAAGCCCUCUGAGUAUGCGCGGCACAUAGCGUCUCACACAGGUCGCGGUACUGUGACGCAUACCGUGCGUUUUCACGGAAAGAGGUGGAGACCAUUGUUAAAGAGGCAUCACAAAGAGAUCGAGGCUGCCUUAAAGAAGGAUAUCGUGGAGGCAACUGGGUUGAGUGAGAGUCGUAUCGAAGAUCUGCGGUUUGGGUACUGGGACGUGCUCGUCGCCAAGUUCCUUGUGCACCACGACCAGGAUGGCGAGGAGGUGAACCGUGUGCAUAUGAUCCUUGGCGCGUACGACUUCCCGCAUAUGGCUCACCUGUACCGUGGCACUUUGAGGCGAACUGUGCUACCAGGUGACAUAGUAUAG